GAGCGUGCCGGCAGCCUGCAGCGCGAGCUGGACCUCGAGAGGAAGCUGAGGGAGACCGCUGAAGCUGAUGUAGCUUCCCUGAACAGACGCAUCCAGCUGGUUGAGGAAGAGCUGGAUCGUGCCCAGGAGCGUCUGGCAACAGCUUUGCAGAAGCUGGAGGAGGCUGAGAAGGCAGCAGAUGAGAGUGAGAGAGGAAUGAAAGUCAUUGAGAGUCGAGCCCAAAAGGAUGAAGAAAAAAUGGAAAUUCAGGAGAUCCAGCUGAAAGAGGCCAAACACAUUGCAGAAGAUGCCGACCGCAAGUAUGAAGAGGUGGCCCGUAAGCUGGUCAUCAUUGAGAGCGACCUGGAACGAGCAGAAGAGCGGGCUGAGCUCUCAGAAGGCAAAUGUGCCGAGCUUGAAGAAGAAUUGAAAACUGUGACGAACAACUUGAAGUCACUGGAGGCUCAGGCUGAGAAGUACUCACAGAAGGAAGAUAAAUACGAGGAAGAGAUCAAGGUCCUUUCUGACAAGCUGAAGGAGGCUGAGACUCGAGCUGAGUUUGCGGAGAGGUCAGUAACUAAAUUGGAGAAAAGCAUCGAUGACUUAGAAGAGAAAGUGGCUCAUGCCAAAGAAGAGAACCUUAGUAUGCAUCAGAUGCUGGAUCAGACUUUACUGGAGUUAAACAACAUGUGAAAACCUCCUUAGCUGCGGCCACAUUCUUUCAUUUUGUUUUCGUUGUUUGUUUUGUUUUGGAACACCUGCUUACCAUGAAACCCCCUCAAAUGCAUUUUUUAUUUACUUUUCCCACUGUCACAGACACAUCCACAAAAUACCUGCUAGGUCGAGGGCUGGGAAGAAAACACACACACACACACACACACACACAGGCAAGCCCAUGGCAGGGCAGUGGUGGUUUCAGUGUGCCAUUUCCCAGGGUGAUGUUGCCACACUCAGUAGAGCGUUUAGCGGCCCUGUACGCUCAGUUGUGUAGGAGUACUCACUGAAGCAGAACGACUCCACUCAGAGUGCCAACAACAGUGAACGGGAAAAUCAACGUUGGGAGCACAAUCAGGUGUGGAUCGGUGCUACUUUAGAUAAAAGAUCCCCCUGUGGUCUUUUGUUCAAUGUUGUACAAUUUAUAAUUCUGUCCAACACUAAUUUAUUUUAUCUUGAGUUUUACUAUAAGAUGAGAUUAUGGGUCUCAUCUGCCUGAAGUCACUAAAGCCAAGGGUUUGUAAGCCACGCUGCUCUUCUAAGACUUCCUUCUUCCCUUUCUAGUCAGCACACGUGCAGCUUACUCCAAUUCUAGGGCAGCAUUCCAUGUGGGUUCCACCCGCAUCGCUCCACGUUAAAAUGAGAGAUUUAGGCACUACAUGCAACUGGUAAAGAAAACAUGUUCUUAAGAGUCAUGACUAUAUGUAAACGUUGUAGAAGGAUAUGGAAUAAAAUGCACAUUGUAGGACGUUUUCUAAA